AUGGGCGGAGGGAAUUUUUUGCAUAUGAGGUGUGCUGCCCAUAUCUUAAACUUGGUAGUGAGAGAUGGACAAAAAGAUCAUGAGUUGGCUAUUGGAAGUGUAUGUGAUGCUGUUAGGUUUGUGAGGUCUUCUCCUCAAAGGGCUUUAAAAUUUAAGGAGUGUAUUGAAAUUUUAGGGAUAACAUGUAAAAAGAACCUUUGUCUUGAUGUUUCUACAAGAUGGAACUCCACUUACCUGAUGCUGGAUGCUGCAGAAAAGUUUGAAGCGGCAUUUGAAAAGUUAGAGGAUGAGGAUCCUGGAUACAUGGAAUUUUUUGACAUUUAUGGUCCACCUUGUGCUCUUGAUUGGGAAAAAGCUAGAGCUUUUGUGAUUUUUUUUAAAAGCAUUCUAUCGUCUUUGAAUAUGAAUACUUUUGUGACUCCAUUGGUUUCAAGUAUGCUGGAAAAAUAUGAUAAGUAUUGGGGGGGUGUGAACAAAGUGAAUCAUUUUGUUUACUUUGGAGUGAUAUUUGACCCUAGGUUUAAGUUUAACUAUAUUGAGUGGUCUUUUAAUGAAAUGUAUUGGAUUUGUAGUGAUCUUUCUAGGAAAAGUGCUGAGCAUGUUAAAACUAGUCUGUUUAAGCUGUACAAUUGCCAUAAAUCUGAUCAUGACAAACAUGUUGGGGUUGGUAUCAUAAAUCCACCAUCUGGGAGCACUUUCCUUGGAGAAACAUCUUCUCAAUCUAAAAAUCCAUCAUAUUUUAUAAGGACUGAUGCUUUUAAAAAGCACUUGAAGGAGAAAGACACCAUUGAAAAUCAUAAUGAAUUAGAGAAGUACUUAAGUGACUCGUGUUGUGAGGAUGUGGAAAAUUUUAACAUUCUUAACUGGUGGAAGGAGAAUUGCAUCCGCUAUCCUAUAUUAGCAUCAUUGGUUCGGGAAGUGUUGGCAACACCAGUUUCAAGCGUAGCUUCAGAAAGUGCUUUUAGCACCGGAGGAAGGAUUUUAGACAUGUAUAGGAGCUCUUUGACUCCAGAAAUGGUGGAAGCUCUUAUUUGUUCUCAAAACUGGUUGAAGCCUUCUGACGACGAACUAAAAGUCUUUAAUAUGAUUGAAGAAUAUGAGAUUACCGAUUCAGUUGUUUCAGAGUUUCAAGGUGUUUUUACUGGUGGAGCAGUUGCUCCUAGGCAGGCUGGGCCUGUUUAA